GUGCGCAGCCAGCGCGGGGGGGGUCUCGGCUGGCUGAAGGUUCGCACGGUGCUGCUCGACACGUACGGAGCGGAGGCUACGCCUGACAAGCGCGGCGUGAAUAGGGCAGAGCGGAUGCUCGCAGGAGGCAGCGCUUCCGCUGACGCGAACUACACGAACGACUACGAGUGGGAGAGAGGACUCGCCUACGAGGACUCAUGCCUGGAUGGGGGCGGCCACUUUGAGGAGGAGGACGACUGCGACCACUGCUACGAGGAUGACGACGGCAACGGGCACGAGCAGGGCGGCGCCGACGGGACUGAGGAAGCGCCGCCAGAGAUCGAGGAAGCGCAGGUUGCCUACGACGAGGCGCACAUCAGCUUCAUUGAGAGCAAGCAGCAGGUGGCCGAGAUCGCCAAGCCCCGAGGUUUUUACCCGAUCGUUGCCCUGGCCCCUGACAACAGCCUCACGCGCGAGCCGCGGUCGAGCACGUCGGGAUCGACUCAGCAGCGCGGUCUUCGAUUCAAGCUAUUUCGAGCUGGAGGCUUCGCGAACAUAAAUGAGGGGCCGCACAUGGUCGAGGACGCGGCCGGCACUGCGGACAUUGAGGAUCUCGAGUUCGCCAAUGCCAUCGAGGAGGUGAACUUGGUCACGGUCGGCAAAGGCAUCGGCGAUGGAGGAGCUACCCGGCCCGCCAUGGGCGAUCAGAAUUGGCGACAGCGGGGGCAGUACCUGCGAGCGAAGCAGCUCAUCCACGACGUGAGGUACGAGAACAGCGACCGCAUGUUCAGGUUCAACGACGGCAAGACGCUAGAUUCCAAGCAGAAGCUCACGGUCACCGUCUGGCCCUUCGGCGCGAGGAGUGGCAAGUUCAUGCUGAAGGACCACCCCGAGAAAGGCUGGAUGACCUCCGAGCGCGACGAGAAGGGGCACUUCAUUAUCGACCUGUUAGGCUGCGCCGGCAACGCGCCCGACGACGUCGCGAACAUGGGCAUCCCGACGGAGGGCGAGGGCAGCAACGCCAGCGACGACUCUUCCGAUCGCGCUUCGAGCGGUUCGGGGCCUGAGGACGACGCCGCGGACUCGGACAUCGGAGACGCCGACGCGCGCAACCUGGAGACGUGCGCGGCGUUCCUGGUCCCAGGGGAGACGGACGAGAUCAUGAUCAUAGACGAGUCCGGGGAUCCAGGGGGCCGCGCCAGGGCCUUGGUCUUCGUGGACCUGGGCCGGCUCUCCACCGAGUUGCUGAACUACCCGAUGGUCGAGGUGGUACAUUUCAAGCAGAACGAGGGCUGGGGCUUCUCGAAACCGCGCAUCAUUCGGCAGUUUCUGGAGGCCAUCGACAGGGCGAAGCCAGACGACAUCUCCUUCGCCCCGCUGCGUGCCAACUGGCGCUCGUGGCAGCGCGCGAACGCGCCCCUCUCGGAGGGGCGCAUGGAGGCGAUCGCCAAGGCGAGGGGGCGCGAAGAAGCCACUUUCCUGAAGAUGGCGAAACAGGCUUUCGACAAGCAGGCCGCCGCUGGACGCCGCGCAUAUGUGGAAGGACCCUUGAGCGGACUUCAUCGGAAGACGAAGACGUUGCAGAAGCUCGAGGGUGACUUUUGCAGGUUGGAUCAGUGUCGACUUGGAGCCGAGUAUGAGAUCGACGGAGUGACCAGGCCGCGCAAGAAGCCGACGAGACUACAUUCAACCAACUACGAGUUCAUUAGAAACAUGAGCUUGGGAUGCAAGUGCAAGGCGGAGCAGGUGGUGCUUCGUGGGGAGCUAGCAUCUCAUGCCCAGAACUAUCCAGUAAGGAUGGCGAAGCGCAUGGCCUACCUCAUCGCGCAUCAGGGACGCGAGGAAGACAUUGGAGGGGUCGACGAGAUCCACGCCACAGAGGAAGUCGGACCCGACUUCGACUUGGGCGAGUAUAGCGACGCAGUGCGUGAGUUCACGAAGCGCUAUAGCAUGUCCACCGUGCGAGCCGCCAAGCGCGCAAAUCGGCCUGGGGCAUCCUUCAGCGCCGCGCUAGCCACCGCCAUGCAGAACGCGGAGGCCCCAGCUGAGUGGACCCAGUGCGCCCGGGUAUUCGAGUGCGAGAUUUGCAUGAAGCGGAUGAGGCCGCGUUCAGUCCGUGUAGCGGCCCUGUCCAAAGCCAAGUGCUUCUGCCAGGUGGUCUGCAAGGACGUGUACUACAUCAUGUGGAAGAAGAGGAAGCGAAAAGUCCUCGCGAUCAGCG